AUGUGUACUAAGCGGUGGUUCUUCAACUGUAAAUGGCAAGUUCUACAUGAAGCAGAGAUGUUCAAGCGACGACCACUUCGUGUCUGUUUAACUUCCGGUUUGUUUUUGGUGAUUCUUGCCACGAUAAGCUUCGCAGCCACGAUUUUCCACCCUCUUUUCCCUGCGGAAACAUUUUUCUCCUGGCUUCAGAUUGAGAGGAAUCCGAAAAAUCUACUACCACUCAUUAUUGUAAUCACUCCAACCUACAAGAGACCUACUCGUUUUGCGGAUUUGACAAGGAUGUCGUAUACACUGCGUAUGGUUCCGCAUCUUCAUUGGAUAUUGGUUGAAGACGCUAACGAGACAGUAUCGUACGUGUGGAAGAUUCUUGAAAGAUCUGAAGUACCAUUCACAUAUUUGGCGGCUGAAACUGUAAAAGGAUAUCCACGACGUGGCUGGUAUCAAAGAAACACAGCUCUAUGGUAUCUUAGGAACGAAUCCGAACAUUUAAUGGAAAAAUAUCAUGAUGGUGUAGUUUACUUUGCCGAUGACGACAAUUCAUACGAUAUCAGAGUGUUCACGGACUACAUUCGAAAUGUGAAGAGGCUAGGAAUGUGGGCCGUCGCCUUAUCCGGUGGUAGACCUGUUGAGUACCCAGUGGUAAGAAAUGGGACAGUUAUAGACUUCGAGGCAUGGUUACCAUCUCGUCGAUUUGCAGUGGAUAUGGCCGGUUUCGCAGUGAAUCUGAAAGAAAUAUUGAAUUCAACCGUUGUGUUCGGAAAAACUUGCAAAGAAGGCAUGGGUUCGCCGGAAACGUGUUUUUUAAGCAAUCUAGGUUUUAAUAGAUCGGAUAUAGAGCCAUUUGGAUGGGAUACUGAGGAAGAAGAGCAGGAAAUACUUGUUUGGCAUACGAAGACAGUAAAUAUGAAGUUUAAUGAAACGUUAUAUCCGAAUCUUUCAUAUGCUUUCGAAUUCGGCAAAAAGUGA